AUGAGGAAGAGGAAGACAACAGAUUCACCUCAUUCAUCCACAGAUCUGAGUGAAGGGAAGGAGAAACUAAGACUGAAGCAAGAGGUUGGCCUGAUUAGUGGAGUGUCAUUAAUUGUAGGCACUAUGAUAGGCUCAGGGAUCUUUAUGUCCCCUGAGUGGGUACUACAUCAUAUGGGGAACCCUGCCAGCAGCCUGCUUAUCUGGGCAGCAUGUGGUCUCCUGGCCAUGUUUGGAGCCUUGUCGUACGCUGAGCUUGGAACGAUAAUUAAAGAGUCUGGAGGAGAAUAUAUUUACAUCUUGAGAAUUUUUGGUUCUUUUCCUGCUUUCCUUUUUGCCUACACUUCUGUCAUCCUGGUGAGACCAGCUGGUUUGGCAGCUGUCUGUCUGAGCUUUGCUGAAUAUGCUGUUGCACCAUUCUACCCAGGAUGCUCAUCUCCGCAGGUUGUCGUCAAAUGUACAGCUGCUGCCUGCAUUCUCCUUUUAACUAUCAUCAACUGUCUCAACGUGAGGCUGGCAACAUCUGUUAUGAACAUUUUUACAGCUGCCAAACUCUUGGCUUUGUUGGUGAUCGUGGUGGGUGGAUUGGUGCUACUUGCCAAGGGACAAACUCAGAGUUUUCAAAAUGGUUUUCAAGGCACGACUGCAAGUAUCGGGGCAGUUGGAGUGGCGUUUUACCAGGGACUCUGGUCCUAUGAUGGGUGGAACAACCUGAACUAUGUAACUGAGGAACUGAAGAAGCCUGAGGUGACCCUUCCCAGAGCUCUGAUGAUUGCCAUUCCUUUGGUUACAUGCCUGUAUUUGCUGGUAAACGUGAGCUACUUAGCAGCCAUGGCUCCCUCUGAACUGCUGUCUUCAGGAGCUGUGGCCGUCACUUGGGGGUGAGCUCUGCUUGGCAGCUGGGCAUGGCUUAUCUCCCUGUCAGUGGCACUGUCUACGUUUGGUUCAUCGAACGGCACGUUCUUCAGUGGAGGCCGUGUGUGCUACAUUGCUGCAAGAGAAGGCCAUAUG